UAGCAUCGUGCUGAGGAGAUGACAACUCAUUACAGAUGUUCGAGUUUGCUUCAUAGUUACAUGCCAAACACUCCAACUUUGUAAGCGAACUCAAGCACCGCUAGAUCUCGAUCAAGCUGCCAGUCCCGAGCACGACUGCGGGAUAAGGAUCAGGCGCCUCCAGUUUCAGUAAGCGCUAUGCCCACUGGGCCAGACGUGCUUCCUUCAGAAGCUACGCCACCCGAGCUCUAGUAUACCCAUCGACAACCCUCUACAUUGCCCCAUGCAAGCACGCAUUUCGUGUUCGAUUACACAUUUCUUCUAGAAUCGUUUCUUUACUCGCUCCAUGUUCCACUCUACUUCCUAGAAGCUACGAUUGCAACGCGUCACUACCCUUUAUUCUGGUUACAUUGCCCUCCGCCAUGUCUCGGCUGAGAGCUUUCGCCUUCGCGACCUGGCUGUUGACGGGCGUGUUAUGCGAUCAGGAGUUCAUCAAUCCGCCCGCUUUUGGAAGAUCUCUUGAUUACAGUCGCAACCCUGUCUACACCGAAGGUUCAACUGUCAAUAUUGUAUGGACAGCAGGCGAAUUAGGGAAAAAGUGCUCUCUUGUACUCUAUCAACUCAACGAGACGGAUGGCCAAACUGUUGGAGACUGGGAAUUUCUAACAAGAGAUGCAGUUGACGUAACAAGUUACUCCUGGCUCGUUGGCACAGGGAAAAACCUUUCGGAAUCCAACCUGUUCUUCUUCAGUUACUAUCAGGAAGAAAAGUUUGUGUCCAAUAUGAACAGUCAUUAUUUCAACUUGGAGGCAAAAGACACUAAAGACCAAUCGUCAUCGUCUUCGUCAACCUCCUUAAGCGCAACGUCAAGCGCAACGCUAAGCGCAUCGUCGACUGCGAGCCCUUCAAUCAGUACUUCGAUAUCCAAGCCGACAACAAGUUCUUCGGUUACCAGCAAUCCUACCAGCGAGCCUACUAGCACGUCCAGUUCCGACAGCAAAUCUAGCACAUCGCUACGCUCCUCGGACGGCUUCACAAUGGGAGCCCUGAUUGGUGUUGGAGUAGGGAUAUUGGUUAUGAUCAUUUUGUGUGUUGGGGCUGGCUUCUUCUGGCUCAGACGCCGCAAGAGGAGACGCAAUGUGGUCAAUGUGUUGCCACCUUCCCCCAAAACCGACUACCGACAGAACAACGGCAGCUACUAUGGGUCGAAUCUGAACGAGGCCCCACCAAGAUCGCCGGCGGAGAUGGGUCAAGAUUGGGGUUCUUACGCUGCACAUCACGAUCGUCAAGCUAGGCAGGCCAGAGAGAUGAGCGCUGAACCAGUGCGCUAUGAGAUGUAGGAGUCUUCUGAGUAAAUGGCAUGAACUGUAAUAAAAAACGACUUUGUGCGGACAAGAGGAUAUACAAAUGCUCGAAGGGAGCAUAGGCAGGGCAGGAACCCUCGAAUCGCCUGAAUUUGAACUAGUCAUAGGCUUGUCUCAAACUAAUGUAUAUAAUGAUACUGUAAAAUCACAGGCCUCGACCAUACGAGCCUUUGGAAGAGAACAUGAAGACAAAGGCGGGAAAGUUUAUGAGCUUCCAGCAGAUUAAAAUGGACUAAAAAAAUUCUAUUUGUGGAAGAAGCAUGAUCUCCUUCCUCGAAAAGUCCAAGAUAUUUUAGCAAUACAUUCUCCUCACCCC